AUGGAAACUGAAUUAGAGGAGUUGCGUAGGCGGGUACAGACAUUGAACACUGAGAAUGAACAAUUACAGCAACAGGUUGGCACCGUUGGGGGCUCCCAGGCCACCAGUAGCAGGAGCAUCCACACUCCUCUCAACCCAGAGGCAGGCACUAGUGCAGCUGCAGAGCGUCUAGUUUACCUCCCUAGAGAAAGGCGCUGUGCUACUUUUAGGGGUGGGGAAGAAGAAGACAUCUUUGAAUGGAUGGAGGAUAUUAAGGCCAGUUUCAGGGUCCGGCGUCUAUUGCCUGUAGAGGAGGCCCUGUUUAUCCUAGAUCACCUAGAGGGUUCUGCAAGGAGGGAAAUUCGGUUUCGACCCCAGGAGAAGUUCUUCUCCCAUAAACAAGGAGAAGGAGAGUCCUUACAAGACUUCUCACAUGGCCUUCUAGCACUGAUGGAGCAAAUCAUACAACAUGCCCCCGGCGGUAUGCCAAACUCUGGUGACUUACUGCGAGACCAGUUUGUGGAGCACGUGUUUGACCAUGGCUUACGCCGAGAACUUAAGCGUUUUACGCGACUCAGUCCUACGUCCACGUUCCUGGAACCACUAAAGGAGCAGAGUUUGCCACCGGCAGGUCUACUGGCCUCAGUGUCACUGGUCCCUGUGGUCAAGGGUGUUGCCCAUGUACCCAUAGUUAAUGUGGGGGAGCAAGAUGCACUGAUAGUGGGUGUUGAUCGGGUAGGGAAGAUGAUCGCAGACAUAGACUUGUCCCAGCUUUCACUCCCUGAGCAGGCCCAGCGGUAUCGCUGCAUACCUCCUACAGAUUACGAGGCUGUGAAACAACAUAUCCACCAGCUCAUGCAGAGCCAGGUAAUAAGGGAGAGCAGUAGCCCUUAUGCUUCUCCCAUAGUGAUUGUGAGGAAGAAGGAUGGCCAGAUCCGUUUGUGUGUUGAUUAUCGGCACUUAAAUAGUAAGACCAGGAAGGAUGCUUUCCCUCUACCACGCAUCGAGGAGUCACUGGAUGCCCUGUGUGGGGCCAAGUGGUUUUCCACGUUGGACCUCGCAACGGAAGAGGGCGUGCUUUAUCGACACAUUAAGUUGCCAGGGGAUGGGGAGGAAGUAGAUCAGCUAGUACUCCCAGAGGCCUUGCAGGAGGUGGUUUUUCAGCAGUUGCACAAUGACCAGGGUCAUCCAGGCAGGGAUCGGACCUACGAACUGAUUCGUAGGCGAGGCUUUUGGCCCGGAAUGAGUGUUGACAUCGAGCGUCGCUGCCAGAAUUGUAGCCACUGUGUGAUUGCCAAGUCUACUCGGCCUCCUGCUCGUGCCCCUAUGGCACAUCUGCUGGCUUCAAACCCAAACCAAAUCCUGGCUAUUGAUUUCACCAUUUUAGAGCAGUCUAGUGAUGGUUGGGAGAAUAUCCUGGUUAUGACGGAUGUAUUCUCAAAGUAUACCCAGGUUGUGCCCACUCGUGAUCAAAAAGCUACCACUGUUGCCAACAUCUUGGUUCAUGAGUGGUUUUAUAGGUUUGGGGUGCCAGCCCGAAUCCAUUCGGAUCAGGGACGGAACUUUGAGAGUGCCUUAAUAUCUCAGCUUUGCCAAAUUUAUGGGGUACAAAAGACUCGCACAACCCCGUACCAUCCACAGGGGAACGGCCAAUGUGAACGUUUUAACCGGACACUUCAUGAUCUCCUCCGAACGUUGCCUCCGGAACAAAAGAGAUCCUGGACGCAGCACCUUGCCCAGGUAGUUUUUGCAUACAACACCACGUGUCAUACUGUUACCGGAGAAGCUCCGCAUUUUUUGAUGUUUGUGCAGGUGCCGAGGCUUCCUGUGGACUUUUUGUUGGCAAGGGUGGAUGAGCCCAGGGGCGGUCAGGUGGUGGAUUGGGUGGUAGGACACCAACAGGUAUUACGGGAUACCUAUACCAGGGUGAGAGCUAGGCUGGCUAGGGCGGCUGAACUCCGCAAGGCGAAGUAUGAUCAGUAUGUUAGGGAUGAAGUGCUGAGCGAAGGUAGUUUGGUGUACAUGCGUGACCACACAGUCCGUGGUCGCCAUAAGAUCCAAAAUCAUUGGUCCACCAUUGCUUAUAAGGUUCUCAAGACUCCUAGUGGUGAUGGUGGGGUAUAUACCAUAACUAACCCGUCUACACCCAUCGUAGUGAAGCACGUACACAGGUCCCAGUUAAAACUGGUCCCCAAUCCAAUUUCACAACAGGCUCUGCCAGACCCAGGGUUGGGAGAGUUGGGUCUUGAAAGGGAGUUCGAAGAUAUCUCAGCACUAGUAAUCGUAAAACCUGGAUUUGGUCCUGCCAGGGCAGAACCCUCUACUGUCAUGGACCCACAGUAUGAUUUGUUACAACCAUCUGUACAUCCUAUAUGUAUGUCCGACACUGGCCCUCUUGAGGCAGAAUCCCCCCUUCCCAUGAGGUCAGGACAUGAUCUGUCUGGUAGUUCUAUAGAUAUCCCGGGUGAGGACAGAUAG